UUACACAUGUUAAGUUUGCUGAAAAUAAACAGUUGACAGUGAGACGUUUUUGUUGUUGUUGCUGAGUUUAGUACAUAUUCUGCUGUUGUACAUGCGUUACAUAAUGUGAUCGAAUGCUACAACAUAUGAUUGUGAAGGUGUCAAUAAGCAUUACUGAUGUUCCUUACUUUACUUGGGAAGCAUUUUUAUAAUAUAGAAAGUCACUUUGUCGUACAGACAUCACAUUAUACUGGUGCUGGUAUAACCAUUUGCCCAGAACACGAUCAAAUCAAGUACAGUACACUGUAGGGUGAACAGACAAUAGAAGGUAUUUACAUUAUAACACAUCAACAAUAAGCUUAGAAAAGUACACCAAGCCAACUGAAAUGUGCACAGAGCAUCCACAGAACGUAUACCACAAGGUAUAUGUACAGAAUGUCAUCUGUUGUGUUUCCAGGGAGAUGGUGCUCAGAGAAUGUUAAUGACUGCUGGUCAAGGCCUUGUUUGAAUGGAGGUUCCUGUAUGGAUCUGCUGAAUGGAUACAUCUGCCACUGUCCUUUUGGGUUUCAAGGGGAAGAUUGUUCUGUGGAUAUGGACCUCUGCUCACUAGGAACAUGCCAAGAACGCACGGUGACCUGCACUGAGACUGGGAAUGGACAGAACGUCACAUGUAUUUGUGAAAAAGGCUUUGGUGGGCCGUUCUGUGAGGUGAAUCUGAACGACUGCAAGUCGAUGCCGUGCCAGAACGGAGCUGUGUGUGUGGACGGUGUUGACCUGUAUCACUGCUUCUGUCCAGCUGGGUUUCAGGGGCUGAACUGUGAAAUCAACUAUGAUGAAUGUGUUUAUGGAUUCUGCGCCAACAAUUCCACAUGUGUUGACCUGGUUGCCGACUAUGGAUGCAUCUGCCCAGUGGGGUUUGUUGGUAAAAACUGCUCUACACCUGUUAUUGAAUGUGCGUCAGGAGAUAGGACAAAAUGCAAAAAUGGCGGCACCUGUUAUAUCUUUGCCGGAGUGGUUCACUGCACUUGUCCACCAGAAGGACCUCCUUCGUUCCAAGGUUCCAUCUACAACCUCUUAUCCCUCUAA